UUCUCACACAGAUUACGUUACAACCUUAACAAUCUCUCAAUUAGCAGAAAAGGGUCAGUAGAAAUGGAGUUUGCAUACCAUUCUUGCCUUUUCUUCUUAGGCAUUUUGCUUCUCUUUGCCAAUGCAAAUGCCAAGAUUCACUCUCAUGACUUUGUUGUUCAAGCAACACCAGUGAAGAGGCUGUGCAAAACCCAGAACAGAAUCACUGUUAAUGGGAUGUAUCCUGGACCAACAUUGGAAGUUAACAAUGGUGACACUCUUGUUGUCAAAGUCACCAACAGAGCUCAAUACAAUGUCACCAUUCAUUGGCAUGGCGUGAGGCAAUUCAGAACUGGAUGGGCAGAUGGACCAGAAUUUGUGACACAGUGCCCAAUUAGGCCAGGAGGGAGUUACACUUACAGGUUUACAAUUGAAGGACAGGAAGGGACAUUGUGGUGGCACGCUCAUAGUUCAUGGCUUAGAGCCACUGUCUAUGGAGCUCUAAUCAUCCACCCAAAACAAGGAUCUUCAUACCCUUUUACUAAGCCGAAUCGCGAAACACCCAUUCUUCUUGGCGAAUGGUGGAACGCGGACCCAAUUAGUGUUGUGAGGCAGGCUACUAGAACAGGAGCAGCUCCAAAUAUUUCUGAUGCAUAUACCAUUAAUGGUCAACCUGGAGAUCUCUAUAAUUGCUCCAGCAAUGAUACUGUAAUUGUUCCAAUAAACUCUGGAGAGACCAACCUCAUCAGAGUCAUCAAUGCAGCCCUGAACCAAGAACUCUUCUUCACAAUUGCUAACCACAAGUUCACCGUUGUCGGUGCUGAUGCCGGUUACUUGAAGCCCUUCACCACAUCAGUAAUAAUGCUUGGACCUGGACAAACAACUGAUGUUCUAAUCAAAGGUGAUCAGGCGCCAGGUCGAUACUACAUCGCUGCGAUUCCCUACCAAAGUGCCCAAAAUGCACCAUUCGACAACACUACUACGACAGCCAUUCUCGAAUACAAGUCAUCCUCUUGCAAGAAUUGUUCGAGCAGUCCAGUUAUGCCUCCUCUACCGGCUGUCAAUGACACUAACACUGCAACAGCCUUCACUACAAGUCUCAGAAGUCCUAGCAAAGUUCCUGUCCCAACUGUCAUCGACGAGAAUCUCUUCUUCACUGUUGGGCUAGGACUCAACAGCUGCCCCAAAAACUUCAACUCUAACCAGUGUCAGGGGCCUAAUGGAACGCGAUUCACUGCAAGCAUGAACAAUGUAUCUUUUAUUCUUCCAUCAAAUUUCUCUCUACUGCAAGCUCACAAGCAAGGCAUACCAGGAGUUUUCACCACUGAUUUCCCAGCAAACCCACCACUGAAAUUCGAUUACACCGGCAAUGUGAACCGAUCACUCUGGCAACCUGUUGCAGGAACAAAAGUGUACAAGUUGAAAUAUGGUUCUAGAGUCCAAAUUGUGUUGCAAGACACAAGCAUCUUCACUCCAGAGAACCACCCAGUUCACCUUCACGGAUACGAUUUCUACAUCCUCGCAGAGGGUUUUGGAAACUUCAAUCCCAAGACUGAUACAUCCAAGUUCAACCUCGUGGAUCCGCCUCAGAGAAAUACAGUUGCUGUCCCAGUGAAUGGAUGGGCAGUCAUUAGAUUCGUCGCGGACAAUCCAGGUGUUUGGCUAAUGCACUGUCACUUGGAUGUUCAUAUCGCUUGGGGUCUGGCCAUGGCAUUCUUGGUGGAGGACGGUGUUGGAGCACUGCAGACUUUACAGGCUCCUCCAGCAGACCUGCCAGUUUGUUAAGAUAAUAAACAUAGAUGCUCCUACACAUGAUUGAAUUCAUGCUUUAAAGCUUAAAAUAUAAGCUAGCUUUGUUGUUUUUGUGAUCCUAGUUUUCGAGUUUGGUUUAUUCAGUAUUCUUUCCCACAUUUGGGAAUUUGUUUUCAGGGUUUCAAUUAUUGAAGAUUUUAAAUGUAUUUCUGUAAUAGAAAAUUAAGAUGUCUGUUACUUUUGCAAUGCAAUUAUUCCUUGGAUAAUUCAGCUUCUUAUAUAGAAAAGCUUGCUUUUGGGCC